AGCCCAGGUGUGCUGAUUACAAUAUCAGCUGAAAUACUGGAGCAGCGCUCGGUCGAGGAAACCGUGGGACAGUAGUGUUGGCAUACUUCUGUUUACAUACUAGUAUGUAGUGCACUAGCACUGCAUUGAGAACACAGCCCAGGACUGGGGUUGGUAAAGUCACUGAAGAAUGCUUCCAAUCACACACAAUCCUUUACACAUUGCAAUUCAUGAAAUAAAAGCUGGUAGAAAAUAAAUGAGCACUGUACUCAUCUCUGCAAGAGAAAAACAUCAGCUGCGUCCCAAAUGACCCUCUCUACACUAUGCACUCACACAGUAUGCACUAUUCACAGUGUAUGAAUUAUUAUUUUGUCUUUUACAAUCGGGAGUCUGAUAGCUCCUCCCCUUCUCUAUAAAUCAGCGAUAUUUGAGUGACUGAAGUGUACAACAUUCCACAAUUAUUUUUUUCAGUUAAUUAAUUGCAUCAUCCGGGUGUUUUAAGUGUGACGCACUGCCGCGGAUCUAUAAUAGAGAUCAGUGCGCACUACACACACUAGUUACACUACACUAAACCUCAAGGAAUAGUGUAUAUGUAGGCGAUUCCGAACACACCUAUGGAUUUUGAGAUUUUUAAAAAAAUUGUCAUUACCUGUACUGUAUUAACAAAAAUUUAGUACAAAUAUUUUAUAUAAAGUAUUUUAAUACCUAAUUUGGCGCGCGACCGCGGAAGGCGGGUCUUCACAUGCGCAUUAUUUGAGCGCCUCACUCGUGUUUAACGCUGACAUCUGCUACAGUAGUGCUCAGAAGGGUCGCAGUCUAACUAGGGUGCAUCAGUCAGUGGUCAUCUGCUACAGUAGUGCUCAGAAGGGUCGCAGUCUAACUAGGGUGCAUCAGUCAGUGGUCAUCUGCUCCAGUAGUGCUCAGAAGGGUCGCAGUCUAACUAGGGUGCAUCAGUCAGUGGUCAUCUGCUCCAGUAGUGCUCAGAAGGGUCGCAGUCUAACUAGGGUGCAUCAGUCAGUCGUCAUCUGCUCCAGUAGUGCUCAGAAGGGUCGCAGUCUAACUAGGGUGCAUCAGUCAGUGGUCAUCUGCUACAGUAGUGCUCAGAAGGGUCGCAGUCUAACUAGGGUGCAUCGGUCAGUGGUCAGGUGGACUCGGGUUAAUGUUCACUCUCAGUUCUGUUCGUCAGUGGCCGAGUGCUCUAAGCAGACUGACCCGCUGUUACAGCCGCGCAGGUGGAAUGGCUGCAGACUGGCUGUCCUCGGCCGAGCGAGAGCAGUUCCUCCUGGAGCUCAAGGACACUGGAUGGAUGGAGGUGGAGGACCGCGACGCUCUUCACAAGGAGCUGCACUUCAAGAGCUUUAACCAGGCGUUCGGCUUCAUGUGUCGAGUGGCUCUGCAAGCAGAGAAGAUGAACCAUCAUCCGGAGUGGUUCAAUGUUUAUAACAAGGUUCAGAUCACUUUAUCGACUCAUGACUGUGGAGGACUGUCAAAGAAGGACAUUCGACUGGCCAAAUUCAUUGAUAAGGUGGCUCUGUCCCUGUAGCAGCUCUUCCUCCUGGAUUGUACAUUCAUUUUCAAUAUAUCAAAUCUUUUGUAUUGUAUUCCUAAAAAGGGAAAUAGUUGAUGUGUUAAUUCACAUAGGUGUGUGUUUAAAAUCACUCUUCUUGAUCUGAUCUACAUGAUUAUGGUAAAUGCAUAUUAAAAAGAUGAUAGAAUACA